AACAAGCCUUUGGGUCUGGCUGCCAGCUCCCCUUGAUUGGUGCUUUAAGGUGGGGAGGGUCAGGAGGGAGGAUCCAGCCCCUGGUACUAGCAAGAUUCCUCCCCCAGGCCCUCCCCAGUCCCGCUGCUUCAUGCACACCCUUCAGUGUUGAAGCUCCAUUCCUUCCGCAACCUAAAUAAUCCCUCCUCCCCGGCGAUGGCGUCGCAGCUGGAGAGCACGAUGGAAGGGCUCAUUUCCAUCUUCCACAGCUACUCGGGCAAGGAAGGCGAUAAGUACAAGCUGAGCAAGAAGGAACUGAAAGAUCUCCUGCAGAAUGAGCUGGGCUGCUUCCUGGAGACCCAGAAGGACACAGAAUCCGUGGACAAGAUCAUGCAUGACCUGGAUGAAAAUGGGGACGGAGAGGUUGAUUUCCAGGAAUUUGUGGUGCUGGUGGCGGCCCUGACCGUGGCUUGCAACACCUUCUUCUGGGAGAACACCUGAGGCUUUUGAGUGCUGCUGCUUCGCUGAGCCCAGCGCCUCUCCUGCCACCGCCUGCCAGGCUCUCUCGUAAUCCUGCGGCUUCUCCCUCUGGUUUGGAGCAGGGGGGAAACACUUCUAGGCGCUCUGUAAUCCAUCACCAAGACAACGCUGCUUAUUAAAGGCAUCCAACCUGC